AUGUCGACCGUCUCCGGCUUCUCCGUAUCACAAGACCGUGAGGUCGCAGAGUACAACAGAGUUCGCGCCAUUCUGCUAGCUCGUCAGGAGCAACGUCGCCAGGACCUGCGUCGACGCUUGGGUAUGCCGGCGCGCAUAGAGCCGUACAAGCAGGGGUGGUUGAAGGACUUCACUGGUUGGCGGAGUAAGGAGGAGAAGUAUCUGGAUGAAAUUCUCGAGGAGGAGCGGAAGGAGAAGUUGAAGAGCAGCGGGGCGGAGGAUGUGGAGGGGGAGAUGGACAUCAAAGAAGCGCUCGCGGUUGUGGUUGACGAGAAGGAGGUAGGGAAGGGAGUAGCGGAGAAGGAGGUAGAAAGGGAGGAGGCGCGGAAGGCGGUGAUGAAGGGGAUGCGGAUGGGGUGGUGA